GAGAGAUAUAGAGAUAGAAAGAAAGAAAGUAGAAAAAAAGGACGUGUUAGCGGUUUUUUCAGGAAAAAAAAAAUACAGAAGUUGCUCUGUUUCUGCUGCUAUUGCUUUUUGAAACCCUAACUUUCAGUUUUAUUUAAUUUAUAUAAAAAAAAACUAAUCAAAUUAAGGGAUUGAAGAAGGUGAAGAUUAGAGGGUGUUUGGUGUUGGGUGAUUAUAUAGAUAUAGAUAUAUAUGUAUAUGUAAGUUGUUGUGAGUUUAUAAAAGAAUAUUUGCGCUGGAGUAUCUUGGGGCGCCUGCAGCAGGAGCUAUGUCGUCCUUAAGUCGGGAACUGGUUUUCCUAAUCCUGCAAUUCUUGGAUGAGGAAAAGUUUAAGGAAACUGUACACAAGUUGGAACAAGAAUCUGCAUUUUACUUCAAUAUGAAGUAUUUUGAGGAUCAAGUUCAAGCAGGUGAAUGGGAUGAAGUUGAGCGAUAUCUUUGUGGGUUUACAAAGGUUGAAGAUAAUCGUUACUCAAUGAAGAUAUUCUUUGAGAUAAGGAAACAAAAGUACCUUGAAGCUCUUGAUAGGUCCGACCGGGCAAAAGCUGUAGAAAUUCUUGUUAAGGAUUUGAGAGUCUUUUCCACCUUUAAUGAGGAGCUUUUUAAGGAGAUCACCCAACUACUAACGCUUGACAACUUUAGGCAGAAUGAGCAGCUCUCAAAGUACGGGGACACCAAAUCAGCACGAAGUAUUAUGCUGGUUGAGCUGAAAAAGCUUAUUGAAGCAAACCCAUUGUUUAGAGAGAAGCUUGCCUUUCCCGUUUUCAAAGCUUCCCGGCUGCGGACAUUGAUUAAUCAAAGUCUUAACUGGCAGCAUCAACUUUGCAAGAAUCCACGCCCCAAUCCUGAUAUUAAAACUCUCUUUACUGAUCAUACUUGUGCUUCUAAUAACGGAGGUCGAGGUUCUCUCCCUACCAACAGUUCCCUAAAUGGACCUAUUCCUAAAACUGGGGUAUUUCCUCCAAUUGGAGCACAUGGACCAUUCCAGCCUGUUGUUUCUCCUCCAGCUGGUGCAAUUGCCGGGUGGAUGGCGACUGCUAAUCCUUCCAUGCCUCAUGGUGCUGUUGCAGCUGGACCUCCUGGACUUCCUCCUGGACUUAUGCAGCCUCAAGUCGCAGCUUCAUUUCUGAAGCAUCCACGGACACCGCCUGGUGGUCCCGGAUUGGAAUAUCAAAUGGCUGAUUCUGAGCACUUGAUGAAACGUGUACGUGUUGGCUCGUCGGAUGAGGUGUCAUUCUCUGGUUCAACUCAUCCUCGCACUACAUAUUCACCAGAUGAUCUUCCUAAAACUGUGGUUCGGAACCUUAACCAGGGUUCCAGUGUGAUGUGCAUGGACUUCCAUCCUCAACAACAUACUAUUCUCCUAGCUGGAACAAAUGUUGGCGAGAUAAGCAUCUGGGAGGUUGGAUCUCGAGAAAAAUUGGUGCACAAACCCUUCAAGGUUUGGGAUAUAUCUGCUCUUUCAAUGCCUUUUCAGACAACUUUGGUAAAGGACGCAGCAGUAGCUGUUAAUCGGUGCAUAUGGGGACCGGAUGGAUCAAUACUUGGUGUUGCCUUCUCUAAGCACAUUGUCCAGAUAUAUACAUACAACACAUCAGGGGAGUUAAGGGAUCACUUGGAGAUAGAAGCGCAUGCUGGUGGUGUAAACGAUAUUGCUUUUGCUCAUCCUAAUAAGCAAUUGUGUAUAGUCACGUGUGGUGAUGAUAGAACUAUUAAGGUAUGGGAUGCUGUAGCUGGACGCAAGCAGUAUACAUUUGAGGGUCAUGAGGCUCCUGUGUACUCUGUUUGCCCUCACUAUAAAGAACAAAUACAGUUUAUUUUCUCAACUGCAAUUGAUGGGAAAAUCAAAGCAUGGCUUUAUGAUUGUCUGGGGUCGAGAGUAGAUUAUGAUGCCCCUGGCCAAUGGUGCACUACAAUGGCAUAUAGCGCUGAUGGAACCAGACUGUUCUCUUGUGGAACAAGCAAAGAAGGUGAAGCCCACUUGGUUGAAUGGAAUGAGAGCGAAGGAGCCAUUAAGAGGGAAUAUUCUGGUUUUAGAAAGCGGUCAAUGGGGGUUGUACAGUUCGACACAACAAGAAAUCGUUUCUUAGCUGCCGGAGAUGAGUUUCAAAUAAAGUUUUGGGACAUGGAUAGUACCAAUAUGCUGACUGUUACAGAUGCAGAUGAUGGGUUACCUGCAAGGCCUAGAUUGAGGUUUAACAAGGAAGGAUCAUUACUGGCAGUGACCACUAGUGGCAAUGGAAUAAAGUUAUUGGCAAAUGGUGAUGGGCAGCGCAUGCUACGGGUCCUAGAGAGUCGAGCAUAUGAGGGGUCUCGAGCAUUUUCUGAUACAAUUAAACCUUCUAUUCCUGGCCCGUUAGGUCCUCUUACUAAUGUCUCUGCUGUAGAACGUGAUAGAAAGCAAACUCCAUUAUCGAUUGGCAAUCUUGCUAAUGCAGAAAGCAGUAAAGCUGUGGAUAUUAAACCCAGAAUAGUGGACGGUACUGACAAAACCAGAAGCUGGAAGCUCCCAGAUAUAGUUGAUUCCUCUCACCUUAAAGCCCUUAGGCUACCUGAUCCAAUUGCUGCCAGCAAGGUUAUGCGGCUAAUUUAUACCAAUUCCGGGUUUGCUUUACUUGCACUUGCUUCAAACGCCAUUCAUAAACUUUGGAAAUGGCAACGAAAUGAACGCAAUCCAUAUGGGAAGUCAACUGCAUCUAUUGUCCCACAAUUGUGGCAACCUACAAAUGGGGCUCUAAUGUCUAAUGAUGUAAAUGAGAGUAAAUCUGCUGAAGAGUCACCAGCAUGCAUAGCUUUAUCAAAGAAUGAUUCUUAUGUCAUGUCUGCCUCUGGUGGGAAAGUCUCCCUGUUCAACAUGAUGACUUUCAAGGUCAUGACAACUUGCAUGCCGCCGCCGCCUGCAGCGACGUACUUGGCGUUUCAUCCUCAAGACAAUAAUAUUGUUGCCAUUGGAAUGGAGGAUUCUACCAUACAAAUUUACAAUGUUAGGGUUGAUGAGGUCAAAAUGAAGCUCAAAGGACACCAGAAACCGAUCACAGGACUUGCUUUUUCACAGACAUUAAACUCAUUGGUUUCAGCUGGAGCUGAUGCUCAGCUAUGUAUCUGGAAUAUUAAUGGAUGGGAGAAGAGGAAAUCAAGAAGUAUACAAUCGCCACCUGGGUAUCCAGGCUCUCUUGUUGGGGAAACUAGAGUACAGUUUCAUAAUGAUCAACGCCAUCUUCUCGUAAUACAUGAAAGUCAAAUUGCUAUUUAUGACUACCAAUUGGAAUGCUUGAAACUGUGGUUUCCAAGAGAUUCUCUUUCUGCUCCAAUUUCAAGUGCAAUAUACUCAUGUGACGGGUUACUAUUAUAUACUGGAUUUUUGGAUGGUGCUAUUGGAGUUUUUGGUGCUGAGAGUUUAAGGCUUCGAUGUCGAAUUGCGCCUUCUGCCUACAUAUCCUCAUCAGUUUCCAGCAGCAAUAGCACUGCGUAUCCUAUGGUCAUUGCAGCUCAUCCAUCUGAUCCCCGCCAAUUUGCACUUGGAAUGAGCGACGGUUCGGUUCAUGUUUUAGAACCAGCUGAUGCAGAUCCAAAGUGGGGUGGCUCAGCACCUGAGGAAAACGGUACCGUAGCAUCAUCCAAUCCUUCAAAUUCUGCUUUGAAUAGUCAACCAUCAGAAACACCGUCUAGAUAAAGGUAUAUAAUAGCCUAUUGAUGGUUUUAGUCCCAAUAGACACCAUCAACAUAGAGGUUUUGUAAAGUUUAGAUUACAGUUUUUGUUCUAGAUAGAGAGAGGUACGAGGUGGUAACUAACUCAACAGUUCCAGUCAGGCAUAACUCUUAGUAUUUAUGGCUUAUCGUAAUUUUCAAUCUAUACAAACAUAUGUCGUUGGUGUCAGUAUGAUGUUUAGGGGCUAAUUUUGGUGUACGCAAUCUGUAGAUUUUGAUAUAGUAUGGAUUUUGGUUUGCAA